AUGGGCUUCUUCCUCUCCAUCGGUAUCGCAUCUGGGGGGCAGGUCGCCCUAUAUGGGAAGGCCAAGUGCUGGCGGGGUAGUCAGGUCUCAUGGCAUCAGAACCGACAAGAAGCAUACUGCCUCGGCCUUUCUUUCGUGUUCUGCGACCCCCUCAUACCCUACUCCCAUGGUCUCCGGGUCAAAUUCCUAACUGACUCUCGCACUGCCCUCUCUUGGAUGCGGGGUGGUGAGAGGGUGACGAGUCGCUCUAUCGAGCGAAUUGCGAUUUCAAGAUUGUGUGACGCGGUGGCUGACCUGAAAGAGGUGUGGGCGCGACGCUAUGAUGUUCAUCCAGUCGUUGACCAUCUCCCAGGGGAACACAACUCGCAGGCUGACUCGCUCAGCCGUCUGGCCUUCUCCUGGCACAUUCCUCAAGGGGUGAUCUUUGACGGUAGGAUCAAGGGGACUAGAGGCGCAUCAGUUACGCGCAAGUCCUCUUCACCAUCUCAGGCUUACGUCCUCGCGAGUCAGGACUCGCAUCGGACUCCCCGAGAAGACGAUGUCGACAUCGACAGGGUAUCGUCGGUUCUCUACGCUAUCUCCGAAGAUCAUUCUCCUCACAUCCCCAACAGUGUCAACAUCGGCAUCGGUCAGCCAGCUCGGAAGGAUUUAUUGGACCUUCAACACGGUUCGCCGGAGGUAGCGGCAAUCAUGGAUCAGCUUAACAGUGCGGGCGGUUGUUCGGAUCCCAAUGACAUGGAGUUCGUCUCGGCGGGUGACGGCCUUCUUAUGCGUCGCUGCCGGUCUAAUGCGGGGCACGGCCUCUCGCGUCUCUGCUUCUACAUCCCUUCGGAUUCUCAGGAAGGAGUUGAUUUCGCAAAAAGAGUGCUACACUCCUAUCACGUCGACUCUGGUUGUCUCAAUGCUCGGUACGUCAGAUGGGUUUUCUCCAGAGCAUUCUACGUGAAGGGACUCAGGAAGCUCGCCCUUGAAGGGGCGGAAGUUCACGGAUUACUUGGCUUCACAAGGUGUGGUCCAUCAUGCGCUGCCCCUUAUGCGGCAUUCUCCAACGGCUUGGUCGAGCGCUCGAUCUCUGCCAUCAAGUUUAUUACUCGUCAGUUGGCGUCUAAGCGCUCGUGGUCCUCUCAGAUCCACCGGGUUCUCGCCAGACUCAAUGCUAAGCCUAUAGAUGGGAUCGAUCUAUCGCCCCACGAGAUUUUCUUCGCUAGACCACGAAGGUUUCCUGUGGACAACGCCCUCCACGAUGUCAAUUCUGGAGCUCUCGUACCAGCGGAUAAAGAGCAAGCUCGUCAGAGACGUGAGGACGGUGAUUACGUGGAUCGUUUGGUCUCUGAGGCUCUGAAUGCCUCUAAUUCGGCGUCUGCGGUUAAAAGGUUCCCCAGACGUGGUCCCCCUAAAGUUGGAACCGAGGUUCUCGUGUUCGUGCCUAACCCCAUGGGCGGUGGCAGCUAUGGACACGAGGUCUAUCGAGUUCACCGAAUUUUGGGUGGGGUUACUCUUCAGUUGGUGAAGUCGAACGUCCCUCCUGCAUCGGUGACUCCCGAUAUCAUCAAGGAGGUCCACUAUUUCAACACUCGUCCCUACUAUCGAUCAUCCGGGGGGCAUGUCAGUGCUAAUCAGUGA